AGUACAGUUUUGACCUAUCGCGGCGUUGGGUUGAUAUCCCGAAAGAACAUUUGUUCUGUGCGAAAUGCGUCACCAGUUCAGGGCGUGCUCCUCCCAAUGGUGCCCAUAUAGAUGCGAGGUGAUCUCCGCUUCCCAAUACAGCCGGCAUCUCUGCAGCAUCAUUACAGACCAUUCGAGAGCGGUCCCAACGAGACAAAUAUGCAGGCUGAGGAAUACAACCGCCGAGGUAAGGAGAUGGUGGACUACAUCGCAAAGUAUUUGGGCUCCAUCCGAGAGAGAAGGGUUAUUCCAGAUGUAAAGCCAGGUUACAUGAGGGACCUUCUCCCAGACGCCGCACCCACUGAGCCAGAGGACUGGGAGAGAAUCUUUGACGACAUCGAGAAGGUCAUCAUGCCGGGAGUGGUUCACUGGCAGAGUCCUCGCAUGCACGCCUACUAUCCCAGUCUGACGUCAUGGCCCUCAAUGCUGGGGGACAUGCUGGCUGAUGCCAUCAACUGUGUUGGCUUCACAUGGGCCUCUAGUCCUGCAUGCACAGAGUUGGAAAUGAAUGUGAUGGACUGGCUCUGCAAAGCCUUAGGGCUUCCUCAGUUCUUUCUCCAUUACCACAUAGAGAGUCGAGGAGGAGGUAUAAUCCAGAGCACCGUCAGUGAAAGCACAUUAGUGGCUCUGCUGGCGGCCAGGAAAGACAAAAUUGUGCAGCUGCGGGCCGAGCUGGAGCGCGACAUGGACGACUCUGUCCUGAAUUCGACACUAGUGGCUUAUGCUUCCGAUCAGGCGCACUCCUCAGUGGAGAAGGCAGGUCAGAUCUCUCUGGUGAAGAUCCGAUUCCUUCCCACGGAUGAGCAUCUGUCUCUGAGAGGAGAGAUGUUGAAACAGGCGAUACAAGAGGACAGGAGGAGAGGACUGGUCCCUUUUCUGCUAUGCGCCACUUUGGGAACCACAGGGGUGUGUGCCUUUGACACGCUCUCAGAAUUAGGACCAGUGUGUGCGGACGAGGGACUAUGGCUCCACGUGGACGCCGCUUAUGCCGGGUCAGCCUACUUCUGUCCGGAACUGCGCUGGUCCCUUGCCGGCAUUGAAUUUGCACACUCGUUUGUCUUCAACCCAUCCAAAUGGAUGAUGGUCCAUUUUGAUUGCACAGCUUUUUGGGUCAAGGACAAACUCAAACUCCAACAGACGUUCAGUGUCGACCCUGUUUAUCUCAGACACGAAAACUCACAAGCAGCCACAGACUUCAUGCACUGGCAGAUUCCACUCAGUCGUCGUUUCCGCUCUCUCAAGCUCUGGUUCGUCAUGCGCUCGUUUGGACUGAAAAACCUCCAGGGACACAUCAGACACGGUAUCGAGAUGGCAACGCUCCUGGAGUCUCUGAUAAGAAGUGACCCAAACUUUGAGGUUCCUGCAAAGAGAUACCUCGGCCUGGUUGUUUUCAGUCUCAAGAAAGGUAAUGCUUUAACCCAGGAGCUGCUGAGGAGGCUGACACGCUCCGGCGCCAUGUACCUCAUUCCUGCAGACAUUCACACCAAACGCAUCAUUCGAUUCACGGUGACCUCACAGCACACCACGGCAGAUGACAUCCGCCGAGACUGGAGCGUUAUCUCCAAAAUAGCUUCCAAUCUCCUCGCUGAGACACGGGCUCUCGAUGGUUCUAAGACGUUAGGAGGCAAGGUGAAAGGCGAUGAAGAGAACAGCGGCGUCAGGCCCCAAGAGACUGAGGAGACAGCCCCGAGGAUGGACAUGGCCCAAGUGGAGCUUUGGAUAGACAAGGCUUGGAAUCAGUCCAGGAGACCCAUGCGCUCUCUGAGCUGCAACAGUGACCCUCUGCCAUACAGUUACCUCGGUCCAAGAACCGGCUACGCCUUUGAAACAAAGCUGAGCCCUCAAGACGAAGCCGCCCUGCCGACGUUGGCAACAACAGGGGGCGGCCCCGCAGGAAAGAUGGCAGAGAUGCCUUCAAAUAUUGUGGGGAAGCAAAUCGUGAAAAAGCUGACCAAGUUUAACAGUGUUCCGAGUUUCUGCAAUCAGUGGGCACAGGGUGGCCGCCGCCAGCUGUGCUGCUCUCUAAAAGUCUCGCAGGCUUCAAAACAUUUGACCUCCACGUGUAGAAGAAUAAACUGUAUGCCUUCUUCACCCAUUACCAACACAGCUGCCUCUCCUACUCCAAUGGAAACUACCCCUGCACCCAAGCUCCUAUAAAUGGGGCUCCUUAGUGCGUUAGAGCAGCAAUUCUCAAAGUGUGGUGCGGGUACCACUAGUGCUACGUUAAAUAAUCACUCAAAUAAAUGUUCAAACUGUUCCUAUUGUUGCAGUGGCUUCAACUUAAAAAAAAAAAAAAAAAAAAAGAAAAAAAAUCCAGUACAGUACAUUGGAUUCGUACAAUUCAGCUGCAUUUGCAUUUUGAGUUGAACACCUAUAUUUAGUUUGAUUUCAAACACACCGCAGAGCAGGUUGUUGUUAACAACCCUGCCAAAUUUGAAUAUAUAUACAAAAAUUGACAAGUACUGUAUAUAAAAUGAGGAGAGUUGUGAAACAUCAAGCCGUUCUUUUCAGAUCUCAAACACUGAGGGCGUGUCCGCUCAACUGUCAAUCAAAUAGCACUUCUACGACCUGGAAAAAUGAAUGCUACUUCAGCUAGCAUCUUUCUUCUGCUUAAACAUACAGUAACUACAUGUGUGAGCUGCGAAUAUAUAUCUGUUUAAAGCCUCUGGUGGCUGGAAUAUGAUACCACCGGGUCGUCGUGGGGCUAUUCCACAACACGACAACAAGGCGCUCUAAAGUGGCCACACUAGCACGGAGCCCCUGUCCACACGCUGGCUAUCAAGUCAGACUUUUGUUUUCUCCCGCUCCAAGUUAUUCCACCUUUCACUGCAGGACAUGCGCGCACUCAUGACAAACAACGAGGCGCUCUCCAGCGGCCAUGCCAGCGGACUAUCCGAAAGGAAGCUGCAUUGCAGUGUGUAGGCAUAGCUACCUUUUAAACCGCACGUCGUAACUGCGCCGGAUAAACGUUGACGUGAACGAAAGUGCCGAAGUUCUUAUAUAAUGGGGGAGGGGGAAAUCUUUCCGGACUCCAAAGUGUGUCACCCAGCACGU